AUGUUCUCGUUAAAAUUCCCUAUCCCAAUUGAGAACACGUUAACUCCUCCUCCAAAAACCAAUAAUAAUAACAACAACAAUAAUAAUAAUAAUACUAAUUACAAUAAAUUUUCAGGAUGUUCCUAUUAUUGUUCCGUUUAUGCCAAUAACAAACUCCGUGGAGGUAUAAUAAGGUCUCCUCCUACGUCGAAUGUGGCGCUCCACAACAACGGAGCCUCCGUUGUUGGAGGGUGGCCAGAGACGACGGAGGCAAAGGAAGAGCCAUUUCCGGAGGAGCUGAGAGCGGAGCUGAUGCCGAAGCACGUGGCGGUGAUAAUGGACGGGAAUAGGAGGUGGGCGAAGACAAGGGGUUUGUUUCCGUGGGCGGGUCAUCAGGCUGGUGUGGAGGCGCUGAAGGAGGUGGUCAGGCUGUGCCGCAGCUGGGGGAUUAAGGUCCUUUCUGUGUUUGCGUUUUCUUCUGAAAAUUGGAUUCGCCCCAAGGUUAGCUAA